AUGGAUAAUCAAUCUCUUCUAGUAGGAUCUGACACAUUCCUCGAUGAUAAAGCAGCAUUAGAAGAUCCUCGUUUACCUCUUUAUUUCCAUGACGCUCUGAAUAUUACUAGAGUCAAUGUCGAUUCUUCAUUAAAUAAUAAUAAUUCUGUUCCAGCAACUCAAGUAAGUGUAAUUCUUCUUGAUCGUAGUCGAUCGAUGUCCGAUUAUCGUAUUGCAUCGUCUGAUAAGAAUGAAAAUUGUACUCAUAUGGAUAUCUGUCGAAUGAUGUUAGGCAGACUGAGUGAUAAUAUACUUUCAACAAAUGAAGUUCAUGCAUUUGGUCUUAUUGAAUUCGCAACAAAAUAUAAAACAGUCUGUCCACUUACUCGAAGUCGUGAACAAUUUGAAAAAGCACUUAGUUUUGAUGAUUGUCGUGGAGAUUGGACAUGUAUGUACGAUGCUAUUCGUGAAGCAAUAAAACAAAUAAAAACAUUUACUGACAGUCUAUUGCGAGCAAACAAAGAUUGUAAAAAACUGAUUAUAUGUCUUUCUGAUGGUAUCAAUAAUUCUGGUGAUACAAAAAUUCAAACUUUAUAUGAUUUAAUAAUAACAAAUAAUAUCAUAAUCGAUUUUAUUUCAUUUGUACGCGAUGAAAAAUUGAUAAAGAAGAAUGAAACUACCAAAGCUCAAGAGUUUCGUAAACUAUGUACUGCAUCUGGUGGAUAUAUCUAUCGAAAUCUUAAUCUUUUAUCGGAUAUUGAACUUGCCGCUCUCUUUGAACAAGAAGCUGCUGUAUGGCUUUCGAAACGAUCAAGAACAUCAUACGGCAUCAUUGACAAACCAGUACGUUAUAUUCCUUCAGCUUUUCAAGAAAAAGCGAAUCGACAACUACCAUCAGAUAACG